AAUGCCAGCUGGUUCUUAGGUGUAGGUGCUGUCCGCUAGGUAUGCUACAGAGCCGCGCGUCCGGUAUACAUGCAUAAACGUGCCGGAAAUUGAAUCCUACGGGCUGACGAGUAUGGGUCUUUAGGCUACAAUGAACGUUGCCUUUGUCGCUCUAGCACUACACACCAUCGCAGUAAUAUUCACGGAAAUGGAUCUCGCUGAUGCAAGGGUAGGUCGCAAUGCCGCAACACUUCCGCGCGGUCAACAGAUGCAACAAUCGAGAACCAGAAGAAUUCUGAAAAAGUUUAAUCCUAAACGUUUCAAACGUAACAAAAAGCCUAAGACACCUAAAAAGCCAACGAGUGGUAACCCGAUAGGAGGAAUGGGAAUGACGGACAUGAUGAUGAUGAGUUCAAUGAUGGGCGGAGGAAUGGGAAUGGGAAUGGGAGGGAUGGCAAUGGGAGGGAUGGGAAUGGGAGGAAUGGGAAUGGGAGGCAUGGGAAUGGGAGGCAUGGGAGGAUAUGGCGGCACGGGAGGACUAGGAGGGGAAGGGCUGGACGGUGGCUCGGGAGGAGGAGGCCUAAGUGAAACAUUGAACAAAGCAAGAGAGAAGCGGAAUAAGGAAAAGGAUCUUGGCGGAGGUGAUAUGGAUGGACUGGGUGAUCUAGGUGGUCCAGGCGCGACGGGCGGCGACACAAAAUCAGGCGAAGAAACAAAGGAAGGAGAAGGACACUGCAAGAAAUAUCGCGAGAAAACGGGGCAAAAAGACCAGCUGGACUGGCGCUGA